CCCUGCCCCGUCCCCUAGCUUUCGGACUGGUAGAUCUUUCUUCUGUCGUUGCAGUCCAUUCUAGGGUUUCCGCUGCUGCCUCCAGAAUUAGGCAAUGGCGAUCGCUGCUCAGACUCCUGACAUAUUGGGUGAGCGCCAAUCCGGCCAAGACGUUCGCACUCAGAAUGUGGUGGCGUGCCAAGCUGUUGCUAACAUCGUCAAGUCUUCUCUCGGACCGGUUGGUCUCGAUAAGAUGCUGGUUGAUGACAUUGGCGAUGUCACAAUUACUAAUGAUGGCGCAACUAUUCUGAAGAUGUUAGAAGUUGAGCAUCCUGCUGCCAAGGUACUUGUUGAGCUUGCUGAACUUCAAGAUCGAGAGGUUGGAGAUGGGACGACGUCAGUGGUUAUCCUGGCUGCUGAGUUACUCAAGAGAGCAAAUGAUCUUGUGAGAGAUAAGAUUCAUCCAACAUCUAUAAUCAGUGGCUACAGGCUUGCGAUGAGGGAAGCUUGCAAAUAUGUUGAAGAAAAACUUUCUGUAAAAGUUGAAAAACUUGGCAAAGAAUCUCUUACAAACUGUGCAAAGACAAGCAUGUCCUCAAAAUUAAUUGCAAUUGACAGUGAUUUUUUUGCCAAUUUGGUUGUCGAUGCAGUUCAAGCAGUUAAGACUACAAAUGCAAGAGGAGAAGUUAAAUACCCAAUAAAGAGCAUAAACAUUCUGAAAGCCCAUGGAAAAAGUGCCAAAGAUAGCUACUUGCUAAAUGGAUAUGCUUUAAAUACAGGCCGUGCUGCUCAAGGAAUGCCAACUAGGGUUUCUCCUGCAAAAAUUGCAUGUCUUGAUUUUAAUCUACAGAAGACAAAAAUGCAGAUGGGUAUUCAAGUCUUGGUCACUGAUCCAAGAGAACUUGAAAAAAUUCGUGAAAGGGAAGCUGAUAUAACAAAAGAGAGAAUUCAGAAGCUUCUAAAAGCUGGUGCAAAUGUUGUACUAACAACCAAAGGAAUUGAUGAUAUGUCGCUGAAGUAUUUUGUUGAAGCUGGAGCUAUUUCUGUUAGACGUGUUCGCAAAGAGGAUCUACGGCAUGUUGCAAAAGCAACUGGGGCAACUGUGGUUACUACCUUUGCUGACAUGGAAGGAGAAGAAACAUUUGAUGCGACAUAUCUUGGCCAUGCUGAUGAGGUUGUAGAGGAGCGCAUCGCUGAUGAUGAUGUAAUUUUGAUUAAGGGUACAAAGAACUCCAGUGCUGUCUCCUUGAUUCUUAGAGGUGCUAAUGACCAUAUGCUUGACGAGAUGGAUCGGGCUUUGCAUGAUGCAUUGUGCAUUGUUAAGAGGACCCUUGAGUCAAAUACGGUUGUGGCCGGCGGUGGUGCUGUUGAGUCUGCGCUGUCUGUUUACUUGGAAUACCUUGCCACAACUUUGGGAUCUAGAGAACAGCUGGCAAUUGCAGAGUUUGCAGAAUCGCUUCUAAUUAUACCAAAGGUGCUUGCUGUGAAUGCUGCAAAAGAUGCAACCGAGCUAGUUGCUAAACUUCGAGCUUAUCACCACACUGCCCAAACCAAAGCAGAUAAACAACACUUAUCAAGCAUGGGACUGGACCUAUCGAAAGGGACAAUAAGAAACAAUCUCGAAGCUGGAGUUAUUGAGCCAGCGAUGAGCAAAGUGAAGAUCAUACAGUUCGCAACUGAGGCAGCUAUAACAAUUCUCCGUAUCGAUGAUAUGAUUAAGCUUGUCAAAGAUGAACGGGAGAACGCAGAAGAUUAGAUGAUUGUGAUGAUUUCGGUGGAAACAAGUUAUCGGGUUGGCUUAAUUAUAUUUUUGGUUUUGCAGAGUGCUUUCAUUUCCUAAUACUUAAAGACGACUAGUGAAAAUUGAAAUUUGGUUUCUUUGAAGCUUCUAGUAGAAUUGGAAGGAAUAUUAAGUUUCAGUUCUCCAAGUGAAAUUUUGUUGUUACGCUUUAUAUUGGUUAUUUCUCGUAUAUAGAUUUUUCACACUGAUA